CGGGUACGACCAUACUUGGCCGAAUGCACCAUAUCCCGUCCGAUUUGUGAAGUUAAGCGGCCACAGGCCUCGUUAGUACGGCGAUCAGUGAUGGUUCUGGAACCCGGGGUGCCGCACCCUCCUCAACUUUUUUUUUUGCCAACAUCUUGGGGUAGGUGCCGUGGACCUCUGAUGCCAACCACGGCCCGCCUUUGGCAAUGGGGGCUGUCCAAUCGCGGCGCACAGCUUACGCGCUUCCAUCUCCCAGGGAAAAGCCAAACAUACUUCACACAUUGUUGUGGUGGGGCAGGCGGUGAGGUGCCAACAAACUAA